AUGGACGGGUUAGCUGGAGAUGAAUGUUGCCGGUUUAGACCGCCCAAAAGUGUGCAAGGAGAAGGUUCUUUGCUUGUACAGUCCAAGCCUAAAAGUACACAGUAUAAAGACAAGUGGGCCGUUCAGGUUUUCAGAACUUGGCAAGCAGCGCGGGAGCAAAAAUUCUGUAUACUUGACGCGGGAAGCGUGUUCAAAGAUUAUGAUGUUCACCGUGUGCAAAGUCUCGAAGAGAAGUUGGAGGACCUGGAUAGUCUUUCCCUAAACUAUUGGCUCACAAAAUUCGUCCAAGAAGUUGCUAAUAAGAACGGUGAUCGCUAUCCGUCUCGUUCCUUGUAUGGAAUUGUUUGUGGCUUAAAGCGGUAUUUGGAGGACGUAAAUGGAGGGAAUGCAUUGAAUUCUUUAGACAGCAGAAAUAAGAGGUAAGUUUGGAGAAGUUAUACUUUAAUCUAGUGUGCUUUAUGUGAUAUAGAAACUUAGAAUGUUUACUAAAUUUAUGAUUUACUACUUUUCAGGUUUGCUAUUUUUCGUGGAUGCUUAGGCGCAGAAAUGAAAGAGGUAAAUGUAAACAGCAAACAAUAG